AAUCUAAAUUUAUAGAGUUAGAGCACCACUAAAGAGAAGUUUUAAGCCUUUUUUUCGGGUAAGAGAGUAAAAUGGAGGAAGGCAAGCAAUUGUACUUUCCUCUAGUGGCUCUUCUUUUCCUUGUGGUGGGUUUUUUGAUGAUCGGAGAUGUCGAAGGGGCGGUUACAGUGCCUCGAGACACCUUGACCCGAAGUUAUUACAAGAAGACUAACACUUGUUAUCAUGCUGAGGCAUAUGUGAAGCACCUUGUGAAAGUGUUUUGGGAUCAAGACAAGAGCAUUACUCCUAAACUUCUUCGGUUGGCCUACUCAGAUUGUAUGGUCACGGGAUGUGAUGCCUCGAUUCUCUUAGACGGACCAAACUCAGAGAAAACGGCACCACAAAAUACCGGACUUGGAGGAUUUGCGUUCAUUGACAAAAUCAAGGAAGUCCUUGAAGAAAGAUGUCCUGGAGUUGUCUCUUGUGCUGAUAUCCUUCAACUUGCUACUAGAGAUGCUGCUUACUUGUCUGGUGCUCCAUCCUACCCAAUUCUUACAGGAAGAAAGGAUGGGUACACUUCAAUGGUUUCAUCUGUGGACCUCCCUUCACCAAAUAUCUCAUGGGAAGAAGGAUUUGCAUAUUUCCAAGCUAGAGGCCUUGAUCUUCAGGAUUUCACAACACUCUUAGGAGCACAUUCAACCGGGAGGGCAAGAUGUCGUUACAUUUAUGAUCGUCUAUACAACUUUCAAGGCACCGGAAAGCCGGAUCCAACCCUAGACUCUUCAAGUCUAGAGGACUUAAGGAAGCAAUGUCCACAAAAGUACCAAAAAGGCGAACACGAAGGACUAAUUGCCCUAAACAAGGGCUCGGAUGGAGCCUAUAGGUUCACAAACGACUACUACAAAAACAUCAUAGCAAACCAAGCUGUGCUUAGAAUUGAUCAAGAACUCUUGUAUGGGAAUGAAACCCAACAACUUAGUGAACAAUUUGCUCACCCUGGUUACGGGUUUGAAGACUUCCGGAGGGCAUUCGCAUUGUCGAUGAAUCGAUUGGGUAUUUACAAGGCGUUAACUGGACAAAAAGGAGAAGUCAGGAAGAACUGUCACAAACGUAAUAGUUAUUAAUCCCAAACCUAAGUAUUAGCUAGGGAUCAUCUUCAAGUAUUGAGUUAUUUUUCUUGUGUUAAUUCUUGUAAUUUAUUGUGUUUGAAUUUGUGCUUUUGACAGCCAAUAAAAUAAAUGAGGACAAAUCUGUAUACUAAUUUGUAUCAUACAAUAAGUUAAAUCAUUUUUUGUCGAAUGUAGCAAUCAAAAUUGCAUUGAUCUCUACAAAUUUAUUAAACUU